AAGCCAAGUCUGCAUUUAGCAAUUUAUGUUACUUUGCAUCUCUUUUCUUCCCGAACAGCCGAGACUCCCUACCGCUCGAAGGUGGUUGACCAUGGAUUUCAAGCGCGUGAAGGAUUACCUUGCAUGGCUCUAUUUCCAGUACCAGAUCAUCAGCUGCUGUUCGGUGAUGGAGCCCUGGGAAAAGUCAAUGUUCAACACCAUCUUGUUCUCCGUGUUAGCCAUGGUAGUGUACACUGCCUACGUCUUCAUCCCCAUCCACAUUCGCCUGGCUUGGGAGUUUUUCUCCAAAUUUUCUGGCUCUCACAAUCCAGUUUCCAGCUGAUCCCAUUUGCCAAUUCAUGUUGCUCACCGCCACCAUCUUUCCACAGCCACAUGCUUCCUGCCCUGCUCUUUCUUCUGUGCGCACUCUUUGGCAGCACACCUGCAGCUGCAACCAGGUGUCUGCCUCAUUUCUUUUGCACAUGCUACCUUGUGCCUGGGGCCCUGGAAAAAUACAAUGACUUUACCUCACCUCCCACAUUCUUUCAAUUCAAAUCUAUGCCUUUCAAUUUCUUUCUGAGUCAGGAGAGGUUCCCUAGAAGAAUCUUCUGGAAAAUUGAUUCAUGAGAAACCUACCAAGCUCAUAGUUAAAACACUCCCAAUAUCUACUCUCUACUCAAGGAUGUAGUACAAGGAAAUAAUUUCUUUGGAGGUGUCUGUUAAAACUCUCCUACUCUUGUUUACAAUGUAUAGUAUAAGGUGUGAAUAAAUUAUAUGAAACCCA